AUGGCAACUUUGUACCAUUCGGGCUCCUCGUUCGAGAAACAUAAAAGGCGAACGAAUCGGGACGAGUUCGGACACAAAAGGGUGUUGUCCGGAAAGGAAAAGUUACUGUCUGGUGCCCAACAAGAGCUGCCGGACCUGUUGAGUGCUGCCGCGAUGAACCAGCGGCUAUUCGAGACGUAUCAGCUAUUAUUCGAGACUGUUCGGGCCAGCCCGGGCCGGGGAGUCGAGCCAGACGACCACUCAACAAGUCUGACGUCCUCCAGAAGAGGAAAUGAAAUUGCUGAAGCCACGAAAACAGGCGCUAGGAAGUCGUCCCGAGCAUUGGCGGGAUCAAGAAGCCCCGUCGUUGCCGCCCUGGAACCGUCGGUCUUCGGUGCUUUGCUUUUAGCCAAUUUUGUCGAGCCUCAUGAGCAAUCUUCUCAUCCCAACACCCCAUUAAGCUCACAUGCGCGAAUGGCUGAUUCUCCAAUCACGAAAUCAGUACCAGCUGAUAUUAAUACAAAACCGGACGAGUGCAAUAAUGUGAACCAAAGCAAUGGGAGAGUGAGUCAUUCGUCACCGACGAAGAGUACGAACAUUGCAGAAGCUACUGGUAAUGAAAUUGGGAGCAAGGAUGUUAAUUUGCAGUCGGAGAGUCUCGAGAAGGAGAUUUCCACGUCCACCGGUCGCGUUUUCAGUAGAGCGGCGAGUCCGACGAGCAUGUUUUACGGCGACUCAGAGCAAGUGUCACUCCAAUCAAUCUCCACGCCCAAAAGCAAGAAUCCUUUGCCUCCAUCAAUCUCUCGCCGGAACAUAGACACGUACUCGCCGCCGCCGAUGGAGCUCGAGAUGGUCUUUGCGGCGGUAGAAAAGCACAACCAGAAACGGUUCCUCGAAAAGUAA